AUGCCACCGCGGCCCUCGUGCUCCUCCCAAUAUCCCCUUUCCGCUGCCCGCUUCCUUUCCCGUCGCCCGAUUCCCUUUUCGCGCCCGGAAUCCCAUUUCCCGCCGCCCUACCGCCCUUUCCCGCCGUUCGAUCCCCCUGUCGCGCCGCCGGAUUUCCGUUCCCGCCGCCAGAUUCCCGUUCACGCCGCCCGCUUCCUCUUUCCCGUCGGCCAAAGCGCCUUCCCGCCGCCCGACUCCCAUUUCCCGCCGCCCGACUCCCCUUCCCGCCUCCCUAUUCCUCUUUCCGUCGCCCGAAUCCCCUUCCCUCCCUUCCCUCCCUCCUCUCCCUUCCCUCCCUUCACUCGUGCCUCCCUUCCCUCCCUUCUCGACCUUCCCUCCCGUCUCUCCCUUCCCUCCGUUCCCUCCUUUCCCACCAACCCCUCCCUUCUCCCCCGUCUCUCCCUUCCCUCCCUUCCCUCUCAUCCCUCCUUGCAAUCACCUGUCUAUCCCGUCCCUACCUUCUCUCCUCGUCCCGCCUCUUAUUCUCCCAUCCCGCCUUCCCUUCUCCUUGUUCCGCCUUCCCCAUUUCCCAUUCACGCCUCCCAUCACCUUUCCCUGCCUUCCCAUCUCCCAUUCACGCCUCCCAUCACCUUUCCCUGCCUUCCCAUCUCCCAUUCACGCCUCCCAUCACCUUUCCCUGCCUUCCCAUCUCCCAUUCACGCCCCCCAUCACCUUUCCCUGCCUUCCCGUCUCCCAUUCACGCCUCCUAUCGCCUCCAUUCUUAUUCAGCCUCAUCUCAUGUCACCAUGCUCGCAUUUACCCUCCCUAUCCAGCCUCUCCCUAAGCUCCCCUCCAUCCGCCUUCCAACCCACUGCCACCCCUCCGUCCCAUUUUGCCUCCUUCCAUCCCCCACCUCACCCACAUACUCCCAUCUCAUCUCCCCUCCCCCUACCAGGGGCAUUCUUCUCCCUUCCCUCCCCUACCCCUUAUUUCACCCUCCCCUACCAAGGGCGCUCUGCUCACAACCUGCCCCUCCAGGUGGGGUGCCUUCCUGACUGCGCUUCCUACGAUUUCAAUGGGAAAGGCAGGGGAGCGUGGCAUCGGCCACGAGCAAAGCAUCUUCAAGCCUCUGGGUAG